AUGUUGCCGGUUGCUAGAAAAUCGCUUGCAACGAUUCCCAAAGCAUGGGCUCUCGGAGCUGUCCGCAGCCAAGCCCUCCGCAUGGCCUCCACUAAACAGAUCGGUGGAGGAGGUGUCCCAGCUAAGGAUUUGACACCAAGAAAGUUGGAAACCGACUUCACACUCAUGUCUGAGAAAAAUGCAUCUUCGCCGGUCGAUUACGCCUUGACGUCGCUCGACGCCAUUGCCAUGUGGGCGAGAAAGUCUUCUUUCUGGCCUGUCACUUUCGGAUUGGCUUGUUGUGCCGUCGAGAUGAUGCAUGUUUCCGCUCCAAGAUACGAUCAGGAUAGAUUGGGUAUUAUUUUCCGUGCCUCGCCACGUCAGUCGGAUAUUAUGAUUGUGGCCGGUACCGUCACCAACAAGAUGGCUCCAGCAUUGAGACAGGUGUAUGACCAGAUGUCUGACCCUAGAUGGGUUAUUUCUAUGGGCUCUUGCGCCAACGGUGGUGGCUACUACCAUUACUCCUACUCUGUGGUGAGAGGUUGCGACCGUCUCAUUCCAGUUGACAUUUACGUGCCUGGUUGCCCACCUACUGCUGAAGCAUUGAUGUACGGUGUUUUCCAGUUGCAGAAAAAGAUGAUGAAGACCAGAAUCACCCGUAUGUGGUACAGAAACUAA